CAGUUUGCAGAUGAUAUGCAAGAAUUCACAAAGUUCCCAACCAAGACUGGUCGCAGGUCCCUAUCUCGUUCCAUUUCACAGUCUUCCACUGACAGCUAUAGCUCUGCGGCAUCCUACACAGACAGCUCUGAUGAUGAGGUUUCCCCUCGAGAAAAGCAGCAAACUAAUUCCAAGGGCAGCAGCAAUUUCUGUGUUAAAAAUAUCAAGCAGGCAGAGUUUGGACGCCGAGAAAUAGAAAUAGCAGAGCAAGAUAUGUCUGCUCUGAUUUCACUAAGAAAACGAGCUCAGGGGGAGAAGCCAUUAGCUGGAGCUAAAAUUGUAGGAUGUACUCACAUUACAGCACAGACUGCGGUAUUGAUUGAGUCACUAUGUGCACUGGGAGCUCAGUGCCGUUGGUCUGCUUGCAAUAUUUAUUCCACUCAAAAUGAGGUGGCUGCUGCAUUGGCUGAGGCUGGUGUUGCUGUGUUUGCCUGGAAGGGGGAAUCUGAAGAUGAUUUUUGGUGGUGCAUUGACCGCUGUGUUAAUGUGGAUGGAUGGCAGCCCAACAUGAUCUUGGAUGAUGGGGGAGACCUGACCCACUGGGUUUAUAAGAAAUAUCCAAAUGUAUUUAAGAAGAUCAGAGGGAUUGUAGAAGAAAGUGUGACGGGUGUGCACAGAUUAUACCAGCUAUCAAAGGCUGGGAAACUGUGUGUUCCAGCCAUGAAUGUCAAUGACUCUGUCACUAAACAGAAGUUUGAUAACUUGUACUGUUGCAGAGAGUCCAUCUUAGAUGGCCUAAAGAGGACAACAGAUGUGAUGUUUGGAGGGAAGCAAGUAAUAGUGUGUGGCUAUGGUGAGGUUGGAAAGGGAUGUUGUGCAGCUCUGAAAGCUCUAGGAGCUGUAGUUUACAUCACAGAGAUUGAUCCCAUCUGUGCUCUUCAAGCUUGCAUGGAUGGGUUUCGAGUAGUGAAGCUAAAUGAAGUCAUUCGUCAGGUGGAUGUGAUCAUAACUUGUACAGGAAAUAAGAAUGUGGUGACUAGGGAGCACUUGGACAGAAUGAAGAACAGCUGCAUUGUGUGUAAUAUGGGUCAUUCCAAUACGGAAAUCGAUGUGGCUAGUCUGCGUACCCCCGAGCUGACCUGGGAGCGUGUACGUUCUCAGGUGGAUCAUGUAAUCUGGCCUGAUGGCAAGCGUGUUGUCCUGCUAGCUGAGGGACGACUUCUCAAUCUGAGCUGUUCAACUGUUCCUACCUUUGUUCUGUCAAUCACAGCUACCACUCAGGCUCUGGCUUUGAUUGAGCUUUACAAUGCUCCUGAGGGACGAUAUAAACAAGAUGUGUACCUGCUGCCUAAAAAGAUGGAUGAAUAUGUUGCCAGCUUGCAUCUGCCUUCAUUUGAUGCCCACUUGACAGAAUUAACAGAUGAUCAAGCAAAAUAUCUGGGUCUCAAUAAAAAUGGGCCCUUCAAACCAAACUAUUACAGGUAACUUAUCUCUAUGAAGGAAAAUGGGACACAGCUUGGGUCUUCUGAAGGAUAGGCAGAUCUGACAGCAUGGGUUGUAGAUUUCUUUAGUUUUCUUGGUGUAGUGGUAAGAAUA